UCCAUUUUUAAACCAAUUUCUCUCAUUCUACUCCCAUUCUUCUCCAUUUCUCAUCCUUUUUUAUAAAAAUACUCUAUAUUUUUUAUACCAUUCUCUCCCAAACAUGAAUCCAUUCAACCCAAACAACCCCAACCCAAACAACCCCAACCCGAAUAAUCCCAAUCCGAACCAACCUAAUUUUUUUUCGAGUCCCGCUUACACUCCGACUAUGGAUCCUUCGUGGGGGGCUACGCAAUUUCCGUUUUCGGGUUUCCAACAAACACCCAACGCCUUCUCACAAAUGUCUCAACUACAACAAGUUCAACAAUAUCAAGCGCUCCAACAAAUCAUGCAACGCAACACGUUUGAACAACUCCAAUCCCAAUCGCAACCCCCGGUUCAAGUUGAAGAUGAUGAUGAAGAAGUCGUCCCCGAAUCACCACCGCAAGAGCUCACGCGCAAAAAAAAGAAGGGUAAGGGAAAGAUGGUUGAACCCGAAACCGCACAAAAACCGAGAGCAAAGGGGAGGCAAUGGACGAAAGUAGAAGAGGAGGCGCUAGCUAUGGCGUUUACUAAGGCCUCUAAUUGCCCGAUAGUCGGAAACAACCAAACGGGUAGUAGUUUUUGGAAGAAGACAACGGAUAGGUUUAACGCGAUUAUGGAGCAUGGGGAGGCUCGUGAUGUCGAAUCCGUCUCGGGCAAGUGGCGAAAAAUGAUCAAGGUCGUCAACGCCUUUAAUCAAAUUUAUAACCAAAUUUACCUUUCUCCUCCAAGCGGGAGUAACGAGCAAGAUAUUCUUAACCUUGCUAUCGCCAAGUGGGACUCCCAAAAUUCAACGCCUUUCCCGCACUUCCGAGCAUGGAACGUUGUAAGGAAAGAACAAAAAUAA